AUGGCUUCGGAUCGACAAGCUCGGCCAAAGGCGGCCGGGUCAUAUCACCAGUACCUUCCCGACCUGAAUACACCACGCUUCCAGAUGAUGCAGCAGCAGGAUGCUCAUGAGUAUGCCAUGGCUUUUAAGGAGGGCGGCAAUCCUCCCUGGCUCCACGCCCUCUACCUCCACUGGCGCUGUCUGUUCGAAGAACCAUUCAAGGGCAUCACAAAUGACGGCACCGUGAGAUCAGGACUUUUCCCUCUUCAUGACGAAGGCAUGCCCAUUGAGAGGAUAGUCGGUGCUGCAAACGCUGUAUUAGCGCAACUAGACAACAAGCAGCGAUCCAUCCUCGAGUACCACAUCGACUCGCCCGAGUGGCGCUCGUGGUCCAACCCAGAGUUUCUCCUUAGCAAUAAGGGUCUACGGCUUGACGAGAUAAGCGCCGAGGUCCGCAAUAGCAUUCUCAAAGUGCUUGAAGACACACUCUCGCCUGAAGGCUACGAGAAAGCCAUUGGAGCCAUGAGAAUCAACGGCUACCUUGGCGAGCUGAUUGGGGCGCGACGGGUCUGCAACGAGUUCUCGUACAAUUUUGUGCUCUUUGGCAGGCCGUCGACGACCCAGCCCUGGGGGUUUUCUUUUUACGGCCACCACCUCUGCCUCAAUAUAUUCUUGUACAAGACGCAGGCCGUCAUCUCCCCGUGGUUCACGGGGGCGGAACCAAAUCUCAUCGAUCAUGGUCCACAUGAAGGCACACGUAUUCUCCACACUGAAGAGGCGUUGGGUCUGAAUCUAAUGCAGAGGCUACCGCCUAAUCAACAAAACAAGGCUCAAAUCUACAAGUCGCAAAGGGAUCCCGCGAUGCCUAAAGGUCGCUGGAAUCAUGACGACCAACUCCAUCUUUGUGGUGCUUACCGCGACAAUCGCAUAGUACCGUAUGAAGGUGUUUUGGUGGCAGAUAUGCCGCUAGAGUGCCAAGACCUGGUAAUUAGCAUCUUGGAACAAUACGCCUUGUAUCUCCCGCAGACGGCGCGCACGUUGCGUCUGCAAAGCUGCCAGUCGUGGUUCCACGAGACAUAUUUCUGCUGGAUAGGGGGCUUUGAGAAAGAUGAUGCAUUCUACUUUCGCAUUCAGAGUCCCGUUAUUAUUGCCGAGUUUGAUCACCACUCUGGAGUCUUCCUAACGAAUAAGAAACCAGCUAAAUUUCAUAUUCACACUCUGCUGCGAACACCUAAUGCUGGAGACUACGGAAUAGCGUUAAGACCGCUUAUUCAAGGCACUAAGCAGGAUUUUAUCUGGGAAGAAACGGGAUAA